GCAGAGGACGCGGCGGCGGCGGCGUGGGAAGAUGGCGGCGGCCGCGGCGCGGAGCAGCUUGCUGUGCAGCUGUAACCUGCUGGUGCAGAGGAACCUGUGUGUUAGAGCUGGAGUCCUGUGGAAGCAGCCUCCUUCCAGGACAUUCUUCAGUGACAGGAAGAAGCUUCACACUGCUGCAGUGCGCCAAGUCUUCCGCCUGCGGCCCUUCCACGUUCUCGUAGCCACAGGUGGAGGAUAUGCAGGAUACAGAAAAUAUGAGGAUUACAAGUUGCAACAGCUGGAGAAGAGGGGCAUAGAGGUGCCUGUGAAGCUUGCAAGUGAAUGGGAGCUGCAACUCUCGUAGCAGAGAUUCAAGUGGGAAACAGAGAGGGAAUCCAGAGCCAAACCAGC